UCAACAACCUCCAACACCGCGACUUCAGCCAUCACUGCGACAACCAUCAGCCCCACAACCUCCAACACUGUGACUUCCGGCAGCCCCACAACCACCUCCACAACCACCCAACCUACAACUGCCUCCACCACAACCACCAACACCGCGACUUCUGCCGACACUGCGACAACCAUCUGCCCCACAACCUCCAACACUGUGACCUCUGUCAACACCGCGACCUCAACCAGCCCCACAACAUCCAACACUGUGACCUCAGGCACGAUUGUCACCUCCACCAGCCCCACAACCUCCUCUGCAACCACCCAACCCACAGCUGCCUCCACCGCAACCUCCAACACUGCGACUUCUGCCAGCACCGGAACCUCCAUCAGCCCCACAACGUCCAACACUGCGACUUCUGGCAGUACCACAACCUCCACCACAACCACCCUACCCACAACUGCCUCCACCACAACCUCCAACACCGCAACUUCUACCGACACUGAGACAACCAUCAGCCCCAAAACCUACAACACUGCAACUUCUGGAAGUCCCACAACCCCUACCACAAACACCCAACCCACAACUGCCACCACCACAACCGCCAGCACCGCGACUUCUGCCGACACUGAGACAACCAUCAGCCCCACAACCUCCAACACUGUGACUUCUGGAAGCCCCACAACCCCUACCACAAUCACACAACCCACAACUGCCUCCACCACCACAUCCAUCACCGCGACUUCUGCCAACACCGCCACCUCCAUCAGCCCCACAACCUCCAACACUGUGACCUCUGGGAACACCGGGUCAUCGAGCAGCCCCACAACCUCCAACACUGUGACUUCUGGCAGCCCCUCAACCACCACCACAAUCACCCCACCCACAACACCCUCCACCACAACCUCCAACACCGUGACAUCUGCCGACACUGCGACAACCAUCAGCCCCACAACCUCCAACACUGUGACCUCAGGCACGACUGUGACCUCCACCAGCCCCACAACCUCCUCCGCAACCACCCAAACCACAACGGCCUCCACCACCACAUCCAUCACUGCGACUUCUGCCAACACC